AUGGCUGACGUGAAGAACCCUCAUACAAAGAAGAGGAUAGACUCGGCCUCGUCCACAUCGUCCACAUCCACCUCAUCCAGCUUGCUCAGUCUCUCCUUCAACCUCGGAGACUCCCGUCGGAGAGCGUGCUCCGUCUCUUCGUCCUCGUCACAAGACACCAUGUCGACUCAGGACACGGCCGACACGGCCAUGUCGUCCCUGCAAGAGGAAGAGAACGCCUACUUCAGCUCCAACCCGCCACCAAAGGCCCUUGCCCAGCACAGCGCCGCCGCUCAGGCCUUCAUCACGGAGCACGCCGCCUCGGGCCGGCGCGUUGUGCUCAUCACGUCGGGCGGCACCACCGUGCCCCUCGAGAAGCAGACCGUUCGCUUCAUCGAUAACUUCAGUGCUGGUACCCGUGGUGCCACCUCGGCCGAGUACUUCCUCGAGUCGGGCUACGCCGUCAUCUUCCUGCACCGCCAGUUCAGCCUGCUUCCCUACAGUCGGCACUACAGCCACUCGACAGACUGCUUCCUCGACUUUAUGAGCGAGGACGCCAGCACUGGCAAUGUCGUCGUGAACCCGCUGCACCAGCAGAAGAUGCAGCGUGUGCUGCGCAAGUACAACGCCGCCCGGGACCGAAACAUGCUGCUCAUGCUGCCUUUCGUCACCAUCACUGACUAUCUGCACGAGCUGCGCGCUAUAACGCGGCUGAUGCGACCACUGGGGCCUCGAGGGCUGCUGUAUCUCGCCGCAGCCGUGAGCGACUUCUUCGUGCCGCCGGAGCGCAUGGCCGAGCACAAGAUCCAGAGCACCGACGCCGUCAAGAACAUGAAGCAGUCGCAACCGCAGUCGCAGCCAGCGGACGAGGCCCAGACGCAAGGCCCGACGACAAUCACCACGGAGAAGCGCGACACUGCGGCCCACCCGGCAGAAGAGUUUGACAACUUCGACUCGUCCCCCGCGGUGCCGCGGAGCAAGCGCCUGAUUGUGGACCUGGACCCGGUGCCCAAGUUCCUCAAGAACCUGGUCGACGGCUGGGCGCCCGAGGGCAUGAUUGUCAGCUUCAAGCUCGAGACGGACCCAGAAAUCCUGGUCCACAAGGCCAAGUACUCGCUGGCGCGCUACCAGCACCACCUCGUCAUCGGCAACCUGCUCACCACGCGCAAGUGGGAGGUCGUGUUUGUCGCGCCGGGCAUGGAGGACAACUGGAUCCGCGUCCCGCUGAACCGGCGGAAGAAGACCGCCACGGGGGUGGAGUCGCUCGUCGGCGCGUCGGACAGCAGAUAUGCUUCUGGGACAGGGGCAGAUGAUGAGACGAGGGAGAACGUGUCGCCACCGGCGAACAAGCCCAUGGAUCCAAGUAGUCUGCCCGAGGGGGAGCCCGAGGUCGAGAUUGAGAGCUUGAUCAUCCCGGCUGUGCAGGAGCUCCAUGAUCGGCAUGUUCGCGCGGUCGAGUCGAGGAAGUCAUGA